AUGCCGCCCAAACGCUCCUUCACCGACGAUUACGCCAGCGGGCCCAACCAGUCGCCCACCUCGUCCACCUUCCUCCCGCCCAAGCGGCGCAAGACGUACACAGGCGGCGUGAAUGACUGGCGCCGCCCGUCAGCCUCGCCGCGCGACGGCUGGUGGGGGGUCCCCGAGUCCGAGUGGGAGCGCAUGGCACCCGCCAUGAAGAUGAACUGGACCCACGUCGGCCGCAUCAUGGAGACGGAGGAGGGCGAACCCGCGCCCGAGCCCUGCGAGCAAUGCCGCGACGCCGGCGACCCGCGCGGCUGCUGGGUCUACUCGCGCGAGGCCAUGCGCCGCUACGGCUUCAAGACGCACGUCUGUGCCCGCUGUCGCGCCACCGCGAACGUGUGUUCGCUUAAUCCGUUUUUCAGAAACAGCGUCGGCCUGCGGGACAACCGCCCGCCGCCCGACCACUCGCCCUUCCACCACUCCGGCCCGCCGCCGUCAGGCGGAGGAGGAGGAGGAAGUGAAGGCCGGCACCGCUUCCCCAGCCCGGGCCCGCCUCCUCCCCCAGACCACCACCGCUACCGCUCGCCCACGCCGCCGAGCGAGCGCCACGGCCGCGGCUGGCCCCAAUCGCCAACCGCCAAGCGCCACAGCUUCAACUCCUCCCUCGACGAGCAGCAGCAACAGCACCAACAACAACAAUCGCGCGAACGAUACCCCCCACCAGACCAACGCCGCAUCUUCGCCUCCCCCAGCGGGCACCACCCCCACCCCCACCACCAGCACCCCCACCAACGACGCCCCGGCCACUCCCCCACCCCGCCAUCACCUCCUCCUCACCACCGCAGCCACAGCCACAGCCACAGCCACAGCAACAGCCACACCCACAACCACAGUCACAGUCACAGCUACACCACCACAAGCCGCUCCGCCCACCCCCACCCCCACCACGGGCACCACCCAGCGGAGGGCCUCCCACCUACCGACCCGCCACCACCACCACCGCCACCAUCACUGGUGCCGCUCACGCUCGAAACCCUCGCGGCGCGCCUCGAGCUGCUCGAACAGCACGUCUCGGCGCUGCGCAAGGACAACGCGUCCGUGCGCGAGGAAAACGAUUUCUUCCGGUGGCGGCUGGCGGAGCUGGAGGCGCCGCUGCUGCGGCGGGAGCAGCAACGGCGGCGGGAGCAGCGGCAGGGACAACAGCAAGGGGAGCAGGAAGGGGAGCAGCGGCAACAGUCGUCAUCGACGUCUGGUCGCGGCGGCGUCGCUGCAGAUGCUACUGCUGCGUUGGGUGUUGGUGAGGAUGUGGUGAUGGCGGAGGAUGGGGAGGCGGUGGAUGUCGAUGCCGAUGCUGACAGGAAGCCGCCGGUGGUGGUUGGGGUGCAACACCAGCAGACGGGGGCGGGCACGGAUCAGCAGCGCAGCGCGAGCAGCCGGGCGGUGGAGACGUUGGUGAUGGAGGAGAGCAUGGCGUCGAGCUUGCGGGAGCAGAUGGAGGCGGAGAUGAGGCAGAGGCAGCAGUUGCAGCAACUGCAGUUGCAGCAGCAGCAGCAGCAGCAGGAAGAAGAGCGGGAGCGGGAAAGGCAGCAGCAGCGGCGGGAGGAGGAGGAGAGGGAGAGGGAGAGGGAACGAGAGCGGGAGCGGGAGCGCGAGCGGGCGGAGAUGGCGGCGGAACGGGAGAGGGAGAGGGCGGAGGAGAGGGAGCGCAGGGAGAGGGAGGAGGCGGAGCGCGAGCGGCAGCGGGCGGCGGUGGCGGCGGAGCUGGAGGGGUUGCGGGCGGAGAACGAGGCCCUGGGGAGGAAGGUAGCGGAGCUGGAGAAGGGGCAGGACGUCACGGUGAGGGUGCUGAGGGACAUGUAUUAUGCGCUGGAUUGA